AUGCGGAAUGGGGAUCUAAUCUCGACGACAGGCGUUCUGUCUCGGGGGGUUAUGAUCAUGAUUGGGAACGCUCCGGUGAUGUUCAAAUCUAAGUUUCAACGAACAAUUGCCCUCAGCUCAGCGGAAGCUGAGUAUAUGGCUCUAAGCCUAUGCGUUCAGGAAGUACUGUGGACGCGUGUGAUGCUGACGGACAUGGGAGUGGUACAAAGAAACGCUACUAAGAUCUGGGAGGACAAUCAAGGCGCAAUUGCUUUGGCUCAGAAAACUGGUUAUCAUGCUCGGACCAAGCAUGUGGACAUCCGUCAUCACUUCAUCAGAAAGACGAUCGAAGCCGGAACAGUUGCGCUAGCGUAUGUGGAAACCAAACAUCAAUUGGCCGACGUACUGACCAAGGCGCUAGGAUCCAAGACGUUCAAGUUCCUGCGCGAUGCAAACAGUAUCCAGUGCAAAGAAACCAAGCAGUAG